GGAAAUGCAGCUGCCAAGAAGUGUGUGCGCAGCUCACCCGCAGAUGAGCCACAUGAGAAAUGCGAGUGAAAGAAGAGGAAGCUGCAGGGAAAUGGAAACAUUUUCUUGCACAUUUAUUGUCACGACUUUGGUGUUUUACUUUUCAUUCAUUCUCUCUUUAUUUCUGCUCUCUCUCUGCUCUCCUGUCUGCUCUCUGCUUUGCUCUUUUUUCCUCUCCCUCCUUGUUCAACCUGCUUAUCUGAACUGGGCAGGGCCCGAUGUACUCACAGGACGGGGGAGGGGCCUUGCCUGCUUUCAAUCAAUAACCUUUUGGAAUUUAGAAAUACAAGUAGGUCCUGUCUCUGGCAGGCUGUACCACACUCUCGAGGGCGGGCUUUCAGGCACACUCGACGAAAUCCCUAUCUCCUCCUGGCAUUCUCCCUGACUGUUUCUCCAGGGCUGACUGUUUGGAGUCCACCACAAUGGCUGAUCACACCUCUCCAGACUACUUCAGCUGCUCUCUGUGUCAGAACCUACUGAGGGACCCUGUGGCUAUCCCCUGCGGCCACAGCUUCUGUAUGGACUGCAUCAGUGGCUACUGGAAUGAAGCCGACUACACAGGGAUUUACAUUUGUCCCCAGUGUAAGAUCACAUUCACCCAGAGGCCUGUACUGAGGCCCAACGCCACUCUGAGCAUGGUGGCAGAGAAGAUCAAGAAGAGCGGUCUGAACCUCAACCUCAGCACGUCCCAGGGGAGCGUCUUUGCCGGAUCAAACGACGUGCCCUGUGACUUCUGCAUCGGGAAGAAAUUAAAGGCUGUCAAGUCCUGCCUCAACUGCCUGGCAUCCUACUGCGAAAAGCACUUGAAGCCACACUAUGAAUCAACCACGUUCAAGAGGCACAAGCUUGUGGACGAGUUAGGGAACUUGGACAGGAAGAUCUGCCCACAGCACCAGAAGUCCCUGGAGCUCUUCUGUCGCACAGAUCAAAUGUGUAUCUGUGCCAUCUGCACAGUCAGCGAGCACAGGGGCCAUGACAUCGUGUCUGCUGAGGCAGAGAGGGGCGAGAAGCAGAAACUUUUGGGAGUCUCCCAAGCUGAGAUUAAACAAAAAUGCCAGGAGAGGGUGAAGGAGCUGGAGGAGCUCAAGACUGCGGUGGAUUCCCUCAAGAACUCCGCCCACAGAGCCAUGGUGGAGAGCCAGAAGAUGUUUGAGGAUAUGAUACGCUCCAUUGAGAGGAUGAGGUCAGAGGUGAGCAAGCUGAUUGGAAUCAAUGAGAAGGCUGCUUUCAGCCAAUCCGAGGCUUUGAUCGAGCGUCUGGAACAAGAGAUUGAUGAGCUGAAGAAAAAAGAGUCUGGCCUCAAGCAGCUGUACAGCACUGAGGACCACAUCCACUUCCUGCAGAACUUCAACUACCUCUGCACCCCCACUGAUGACGGCUUCAUACCCAGAGUGACCGUGAACCCCGACUUCUCCUUCGCGGCUGUCAGGAAAGCUGUGGCUGAGAUUAAGGAGCGCCUCGAGGAGUUUGGCAGAGAGGAGCUGCUCAGGAUUUCCAAGUCAGUGAAUGAGGUCCCGGUUUACACUACAGAGAGUCGAACGUUGGACAGAAGGAGCAGAGGCAAAGAAAUGACAGUGGACAACACUCCCCCAGAGCCAAAGACCAGAGCUGAUUUUCUGAAAUACUUCUGCCAACUGAAAUUAGAUCAUAACACGGCCUACAAGGAGCUUUGCAUCUCUGAGAACAGCAGGAAAGUUAUCCGCACCAGGGAGCCGCAGUCCUACGGAGACAACUCAGAGAGGUUUGAUAGCUUUGCCCAGGUGCUGUGCCGAGAAGCUCUAUCUGGAGGCCGCUACUACUGGGAGAUCGAGUGGAGCGGGGAGUUCUCCAUCGGAGUGGCUUAUAAGAGCAUCAGUCGAAAGGGCAAAGGUUCGCUCUGUCUGCUGGGCUAUAACGACAAAUCCUGGAGUCUGCUUUGUUCUGACUCCGGUUACUCAGCGUGGCACAACCGCGUGGACAAGCCUGCCAAUGGUCCUCACUCCCCGCGGAUAGGCGUGUACCUGGAUCACACUGCAGGGGUGUUGGCAUUUUACAGCAUAGGCAACACCAUGACCCGCCUGCACAGGUUUGAGACUAAAUUUGUCGAGCCCCUCUAUCCGGGCUUUGGAGUCGGAACGUCAGUCAGGAUCUGCAACGUCAAGUGAACGCUGGCAUUUGAGCUGUUUUAAAAAGAUUUCUGCGAAUAUACACCAGUGCUUUUGGAAUAUCUAUUUUUGCACCCAUUAUAAAAUGUCUCAGCUUAUUUUUAAGGUUUAUGAUGCUUCUUCCAAAUGUCUAUACACUUUUUUUGAACACCACAUGUAUUAAGCUUUGAAUGUAGCUGUCAAAUCAUAUUCUCAUGGCAGUUUAACAAAUAUAUAUAUAUAUGUAUUAUUGAAAUACACAAUUCCUGCAUAGUCACACAAGAAAAGUGUUAUCCUGUUUGGCGUCUGAUGAUAUCUGCUGGAUAAUAUGACAACAUACUUUUAAACAUUUUAGCUGAUAAUUUGCAUCUAUAGAUUUACACAAAGUUAACAAUGUCAGUUUUGUGAUGUCAUUAGGUUGUUCACUAUUGUUAUUGAAUAAUUCUUUUAAAAUUGCACUCCUACGACAGGUAUGAGUACUAUGAAGGUGCAUUGUUAUAAUUUCACUACUGUUCCAAGAAUGCUGUCAUUUCAUUUGGUCGUGUUGUGAUAUUAUCUAAAGGUCGUCACAUGAGUUUUUCCACUUGAACUAACCCUUAUUUAAUUUUGUGUAUGUUUACUUACAUAAUGGACAGCAGAGUAUAAUUGCUAUCAAAGAGAAUUGUUUUGUAACAACAUUGAUGCAUUUAAAUAAAGAACUCAAAUGAACA